GUUUAUUCACUCAGAUUCAGUACAGAACGCAGCACACAUUUUGUAAUUCAAGAAAUAUUAAAUUCAGCCAACAAAUAUACAAACAGAAGACCAAGUGAAUAAAUCAGAAGAUGAAUAAUGAAAAUGGGGAACUGUCUGAUGUUAAGACGCAGAAGAAACCGUCCAAACAGCUCCGUAAACCUGUCAAACGGCUCGAUGCUGAAGUUCGCGGGGUGGUGACCCCCGAAAAUGUACCCGAAACGCUAGGUAACCCAUCGACUGCCCCGGCUGUGAAAAGUCGCCACACCCUUAGCCGUCGAAGCAGUAUGGCAUACAAGAAUUUCUUAGGAAAGUUCAAGAGAGCCAACCCCGGAAGACUAACCGCUGAGGCCUCCUCUAUUUGGCGCAAAAUGAGCCUUCAGGAAAAGGAGCAAUUUCGAAUGGACAGCACUGAUCGACAUAAAACGAGUCAAGGGAAUACUAAUUCUGUAGAUAAUCCGGUUGCUGAGGAAGUGCCACCUCUGGAAGUAAUUAAUGAUAUUGAGUCAGAGAGUCAAAUUCAUACCGACCAACUUGAAGAAACAUCAGUUAGCAAUACACGCUCAUGGCUGAGUCUUAAUUGCGUUUCUAAAGCUCUAAGUAAAGCAAAAAAUUUAUUUUCCUAAAUAUUACUUUUCCAAAUUGUU